CUAUCGCACAACAUCUAUUUUCCAUCUCUCUGUUCUUCAGAAGAAGAACAGACCGCCGUUGGCGUUGGCUUCUUUCACAGCGAAAAGAGAUAUAAACCUCUAAUUUUCUUACGAGAAAAGAAGACAAAAUCUCUAAUUACCACAUCGAUCUCGAAGAACCCGAGGAGGAAAAGAUUAUGGGUUUGUCGAAGAGUGCGGCAUUGUUGGAAGAUUUGAUAGAGAAAUGCGGCGGCUGCGCUGUUGUCGACGGUGGUUUCGCCACCCAGCUCGAGAGCCAUGGAGCCGCCAUUAACGACCCUUUGUGGAGUGCCGUCUGUCUCAUCAGAGAUCCCGAACUCAUCAAACGGGUUCAUUUGGAAUACUUGGAGGCUGGUGCAGACAUCUUGGUAACUUCAUCUUACCAGGCUACUCUCCCGGGGUUUCUAUCAAGAGGAUUGUCGAUGGAGGAGAGUGAGUCUUUGUUACAGAAGAGUGUCAGAUUAGCAGUUGAAGCCCGCGACAGUUUCUGGGACAAUGCGAGCAAAAUUCCUGGACAUAGCUAUAACCGAGCUCUAGUUGCUGCCUCCAUUGGAAGCUAUGGAGCUUAUCUUGCCGAUGGUUCUGAGUACAGUGGGGACUAUGGAGAAAAAGUGGAUUUGGAUAAGCUAAAAGACUUUCACAGGCGCAGACUUCAAGUUCUUGUAGAUGCGGGUCCUGAUAUUCUUGCUUUCGAAACCAUCCCAAACAAACUCGAGGCUCAGGCAUGCAUUGAGCUUCUGGAGGAAGAGAACGUUCAGAUCCCAGCAUGGAUAUGCUUCAGUUCUGUAGAUGGUGAGAAUGCUCCCUCUGGCGAGAGCUUUGAGGAAUGUCUCGAACCUCUGAACAAAAGCAACAACAUAUAUGCGGUUGGCAUAAAUUGCGCCCCUCCUCAUUUCAUUGAGAGUCUCAUAUGCAAAUUCUCCAAGUUAACCAAGAAAGCUAUCAUUGUUUACCCGAAUAGCGGGGAGGUUUGGGAUGGGAGAGCCAAAAGAUGGCUGCCUUCCAAAUGUUUCGGCGAUGAUAAAUUCGAGAUUUUUGCGACGAAAUGGCGUGAUCUUGGAGCUAAACUCAUCGGAGGAUGUUGCAGGACAACGCCUUCCACCAUUAAAGGCAUUUCAAAGGUCUUGAAACGAAGAUGAGUUUCUUGGGAAGUUUAUCUUCAGAUGGGGAAUUCUCUAGGUUUUGUAUUUUUGGUUGUGUUAAACAUCGCUAGGGUUGUUUUCUUGUUCUUUACGUUACCGAUUUUGUCGGGCUAUUGAAUAGAAGUUAAGUGGGCCUUGGGCUUACAUGUAAAGCCCAUACUGUUUUCGAAUUGAUAAAAUAGCCCAAGCAUUAUGGGCCUAUCUUAAUAGACAAAUAUAUGCUAUACACCAUUUAAAUGA